AUGGUGUCGACGGGGACAAAUAUGCGCGACGAGAAGGUCGACCUUGAUGACCUCAAGGAUCACGAAAUCGGUCAUACCGAGGAGGUACCCAAUAAGGAACUCAUUUCCAAUGCUAUGGAUGUUGAAAAUCGUGAGCAUGAGAUGGGCAUGUGGGAGGCAGCUAAAAUGCACCCAACCGCUUGCUUUUGGGCAUUCCUCUUUUGUUUCACUAUCGUCAUGGAAUCAUUUGAUAUGUUUUUGAAUGGUAACUUUGUUGCACUCACGGCUUUCCAAAAACGAUACGGAGUUCUUGAUUCAGAUGGAACACGCUCUAUCGAAACGAAAUGGCAAAGUGCACUCUUUCAAGCCGGUCAAUGUGGUGCCUUUGUUGGUGUUUUCUUGGCUGGUCCCGUUACCAACCGUCUCGGAUAUCGUUGGACCACCAUUCUGGCUUUGGUCUUGAUGAAUGCUACAAUCUUCAUCUCUUUCUUUGCCGAUUCGCUCGCUGUUCUUACCAUUGGACAAGCGUUUGAAGGUGUUCCUUGGGGAUUUUUUAUCGCAAACGCCCCAGCAUACGCCAGUGAAGUCGUUCCUCUUUCCCUCCGAGGUGCAUGCACUGCUACUCUACAAAUGUCUUGGUCUAUUGGUAGCAUCAUUGUCGCUGGUGCCACCUAUGCAUACAAUAAGAAGGAUAACGAGUGGGCUUGGAGAGCACCUCUCGCCUUGCAAUGGAUGUUUCCCCUUACUUUCCUAGACUCCUAUCUUGGUCCUAAUCGCUUUUCGCUCCCGAAUCCCCUUGGUGGUUGA